UGCUGUUCUCCUUCCUCUGGGGAGCCUACUUCUCCCUGCUGACCUCAUUUGCUCCUUCCUACAUCUGGUUCGUCUUCCUGAGGACCAUGGUGGGAGGUGGUGUGUCAGGCCAUGCGCAAGGGCUUAUCAUAAAAACAGAAUUUCUACCUACCAAAUACCGAGGAUACAUGCUGCCCUUAUCUCAGGUGUUCUGGUUGGCAGGAUCCUUGUUGAUCAUUGGUCUGGCAUCAGUGGUGAACCCAACCAUUGGCUGGCGGUGGCUGAUCAGAAUUGCCUCCAUUCCUGGAAUCAUUCUUAUCAUGGUAUUCAAGUUCAUACCUGAGUCAGCACGUUACAAUGUGUCCACGGGGAAUAACGCAGCUGCCCUGGCCACGCUGCAGAGGAUAGCCAAGAUGAACCGGACAGCGAUGCCAGAGGGAGUGUUGCAGGAACCUCCCAAGGAAAGAAGAGGAAGAUUCAAAGACCUCCUCCACCCUAAGUACUUAAGAACCACUCUGCAGAUAUGGAUCAUAUGGCUUGGCAUAGCUUUUGCUUACUAUGGAGUCAUCUUGGCCAGCGCUGAACUGCUGGAGCGAGACCUGGGCUGCACCUCAAGGACACCACUGAGUGAGAACCCUGGCCCUGUCUCAGAGGAGAGCCGCAGCCCCUGCUACUGCCGCCCCUUUGGCCCUUCUGCCUACUGGACCAUGAUCAUCAGCACCGUGGGGGAGAUCGCAUUAAAUCCCCUGAAUAUUCUUGGCAUCAACUUCCUUGGCAGGCGCCUGAGCCUGUGCAUCACCAUGGGAUGUACGGCACUGUUCUUUCUUCUCCUCAACAUCUGCACAUCCAGUGCAGGCAUGACUGGCUUUCUCUUCAUGCUGCGUGCCUUGGUUUCAGCAAACUUCAACACCAUCUACAUUUACACUGCAGAGGUUUAUCCCACCACGAUGCGAGCCUUGGGGAUGGGAACCAGUGGAUCACUGUGCCGUGUUGGAGCUAUGGUAGCACCAUUCAUAUCACAAGUUCUUAUGAGUGCAUCUUUCCUUGGGGCCCUGUGUCUUUUCUCAUCUGUGUGUGUUGUGUGUGCAAUCUCUGCCUUCACGCUACCCAUCGAGACCAAGGGCAGGGCACUGCAGCAAGUAAAAUGAAAGCGUUUGAUGUUGGAUUGGGUACAAAAGAAAAAGAAACCUUUGGAAUCCAUCAUUUCCUGUGAGCCACAUUUGA